AUGAACACAAAGUUGCUGAAAUGUCGAAAUAUAUCGUUUUCUAUGAAUCUUACUAAUCGGAGCAAUGUCAUCUCAAAUCGGCGGUUCCUACACGAAGGUCCAGACACAGUAGAGGAAUUAAUCGACAGACACGUGGUGAAGAAAGAGAAAUCGCUGGACGACGAAGAAGAAGAGCUGUUGAAUCGGAGGAGAUUGACCAGUACUCGGAGAGAGGCACUGCAUCUUUACAGAGACAUAUUGCGGGCAACACGAUUCUUCACGUGGCCUGAUUCGCGAGGUGUGCUAUGGAAGGAGGUACUGAGAGAGAACGCGAGGAAAGAGUUUGAGGAGGCACGAUAUGAGAAGGAUCCAGAGGUUGUGACUCGGUUGAUUAUUGGUGGGAGAGAUGCGGUGGAGUCGGCUAUUGACAAACUUGUUGAGCAGCAGAGACAGCAGAUUGAGAAGGAACCUGGCGGCGGCGGUGGCCGUUGAUCCAUUGUUUUUUAUAUGUAAAUUUGAUCGGUCAUUAGCACUUUUGAAGCUGCGAUAGUGUUCAAUCUAGUCGAAUUGAAAUACUGUAAAGUUCGAAUUCCGUUCGACUUUAAACUGUAAUGUUCGAAAUCGAGCUUGGUCUAAUUUUACUUUAGAAAUUCAUGCUUGAACUUGAUAUAGUAAUAAUUGAAAUUCUAA